CAAGGUUGGUGACCCUGCUUUGCUAUAUAAAAUUACUCUAAGCUCUUCCCUUUCUGUUCUACCAGUUGUAUUUUCUGCGUUCAUUAAGAAAAAUCAUUCACCAUGAUUAGACCAUUGGUUUUAGCUGUAGCUCUUGUCUGCAUCUCUAUAUUCUGCUGCAACUUAGGGAAAGCAUAUUAUGAGGAGGAACCUGAGACAGGUGGCACAGGUGUUGUAGGAUAUGAUCCUUACACAGGCUCAGGGAUCAUAGGACAUGUCCCUGAAACAGGUGAAGGUGUUGCAGGAGAUGAUCAUGAUCAUGAUCAUGAUCAUCAUGAUCCAGUCCAAAUUGUUGACAAAGCGUUGCUAUGUUUUCAUGAUAAACAUAUCUAUAGCAGCUGUGAAGAGGCUUACAGAUUGAGUGAGAGUGGGUAUCUGCACGUGCCUCCUGAGUACGUUGAUGAAUACUGCAAUGGACCGUGCCUUGCAGAGACGCAUUUAGUGCUUAAUUGUUUAGAAAACAUUAUGGAACACUUUGUGUUCUUCAAUAAGGCCACCAUAGGAGCCAUUAGAGAGACAAUCAAGGCAGGAUGUGGCCAUGGCCCGGAAAGAGGUGAUUUCAAUGUGGCCGAGCACCUUGAAGCUGAAGAAGACAGUGCAUACAAGAAAGAAAUCCAGAUUCCUUUUGGAAUUGGUUUGGCAAUGAUAGUAAAUGCUUUAUUGCUUUGAUAUUUCUAUUGUGAUGCUCUCUCAUUCAAAGUAAUAAUAACCUAUCUAUUACCACCUGAUAAGUUCAAUGAUUUACUGAGUCCAUGUUAAUGUACACGUAUAGCGUUCUUAAACUGCUCAUCAGCUUGUAUGUACAAUAAUGAAAUUCCUUAUGAAUUGUCUCUACUUAUAAGGAUUACAUGCUGUCGUUUUGGAGUUA